AACCAUCCGAGCAAGAGAAAGGGAGAAAGAGGGAAAUGAAGAGACCAGCUGGUAAGGGGAAUGGCAGCAGAGAGGCUGGAAGGACACAGAGUGCGCCAAACAGCAUCAGCAACGAGGAGACAGACCUGAUAUGUCUUGCCUCACUCUGCCUCGCUUGACUGAGCAGAGCUGAUUGAAGCAGAGCUCCAGAUGCCGGCGACGAAGCAAAACAGUCGAGCAGAGGACACGACAGCUUGCCAGCAUCAGCAGCAAAGAGGCAGGCUGCCCAAUCAUCAGCUGACAUGCUCAUGAGUUCAGCAGCCAAUGAGCUGCUGGGAGGCACUCAGAUGCAGAGACAGCACUAGCCUGGCUCAGAUCUCUUAUUAAUGAAUGGAGCAGUUCCCAGGCUGGAUCACUGCAUAUCGCCGCGCUCUCUGCUCGGCUGCUCUCUGCUCUGACACGGGGAAAAACAUCAACAUUGACAAUAAGGACAGCAGCAGUGUAGGAAGAUUUAAACAGUGGCCAUGAAGAGGCGACAAGGAAACACCCAUGAUGAGGACACAACCGAGGACAUGGCAGCAGCUAUUCAAAACAAGGAUCCACAUCCUGAUCUCCACCCACCAGAUUCACCUUCUCCAUCAUCAUCUUCUCCCCCUCUUCCUCCAUUAGCUAUGCCACCAUCUACAUCUGCCUCCGCUCUCCUGGCACUGGGUUCUCCAGCCACCCGGCGCUCCAUUUCCAUGGGAGACUUCCGAAGGGUGACAGGGGCUCUGCUAGCCGGUUCUGAACCCCCCUCCACCUCUGCCACAGCCCCCUCCUCCAAGCUUGUCACCCCCAGCUCCAGCAUGGAGUUUGAGGCAGCUCGACGGCGCCUUCUGGAGGUGGAGGAGCGCCAGCGUGUCAUCAGGGAGAUGGAGCGAAGGCUGGAGGAGCUCAGGGAGGUGUUUGUGCGUUCAGAGCAGGAGGUGGUGGUACAUGGGGAGCUGGUGUCACGGAUAUCUAGUGGAGCCCAGCAGGGAGAGCUGUAUGUUGCAGAGAACAGCCAGCGGCUGAAGAAAGGCCUGAGGUUCAAGAAACAUCGACCCACCAUCGUCUUCUCCUCCAUGCUGGGACUCCGCACGUGCCUCCCCUGGCCUGUGAAGCUCAAAUAAGACAGUAGAGGCUUGCAUUUCUACCAUCGCUUUAGAAAUGUGCUUUACAUUAGCAGGAAGAUAGACUUCCAUUCUUUAGAUAUCACUCACUGACACAACCUUUCUGCUCUUGUAUCCUGAGGCUGGUCCUCCAGGUCUUUAGAGUGCCUACAAUAAUCACAAAUGCUAGUAAAGAGCUUCCUGUAGUACAAUUCUGAGGAAAUUCUCUGGCUAGCAAACCAGUCAAGCCAGUACCAGUGCAAUGUGUACAGGAUGUCAUUAUGUCUUCAUUGUUUUCAAAGAUACUUUGCUGCUUGCAGUUCGGUGUGGUGUUGGACUUGCAUAGGAGAGAUUGUUCAUUGAUAGUCCAUGGUGCAUGGAUGAGUCAUUUUUCAGGUGAUGUGGGAGGAGAGGUUCAGACUGGCCUGUUAGGUAACAAGAGUCUUGCUGUAUGUCUCUGACCUUAUGCAGCAAUGAACGAAAAGCCAGUAAGCAUUAUGUAAUGUGAAACUUUUUUAGAGGAGGAAGAGGAAGAGAUGGGGUAAAGAGGGGAAAGGAAAAGAGACAGAGUAAAGGCGCUUAACGAUCUGCCUCUCAAACAUGUCACGAGUGAAGUGAAGGGCAGUGGAAGAGAAUCAGAGGUGAAGCUAUGAUACGGAUUGGUGCACUGUUACAUAAAACCAAGGAUGCGGUGAAGAGGCAGGAUAUGGAAAAGAGUCUGAAAAAGAGAAACUGCACAGAAGCGUGGGAUUUAGAUGGCUGAGACAUACACAGAAAACGUGCCUUGGCUUCUCCGUGACCACUCGUUCCACCACCACAACCUCUGUUUUUGGCAGCAUUAAACAGGGAAAAGCAGGAGAGUAGGAGAGGAGUUUGUGCUGGGAUGAUUCCACCUGUGGCCUCUUUUUAUCCAGUCACCUAGCAACCACUCAUCCCUCGAUCCUAAAUCCGCUUCCACAAACCUACAGAAUGUAUCCAGCAGAGCACUGUAACUAUAACACCACGAGACAGCUGUAGAGUUCCCCUGGAGGAUUUAGGAACUAAUAUUUCUGCUGCAUUUAUUUAAAUUAAUUCAGAACUGGCUAUGUAGUCAAAUAUAUUAUUGAUACAAGAUGUUGCUGAACCUGCUCAUUUAUUUAAUGAUUAGGGGUUGCACUUAAGUUAAGCCAUGCAUGCAUUAGCAAGGAAAGCCAAGAUAGGCCGUCACUGUUUGCUUCACUGUGUCUUGGUGUUAUAUGUGACAAUGGAAUGCUAUUCAGAGGUGUUACAAUGACACGCGUAUAGUGCAUAGUGUGCACAGUAACAGCCUCACUGAUAUCAUAAUCAGCUUUUUGUGGCGUAUAGGCACAUUAGACAAUAUGUCUUCAUUCAGGGUUUGUAUGUCAAUAUAAAACAGUUUGUUUAGGUAAUAGAUCAACCAGUAAUUGUGUUGUGAUCCUUCACAUGCACAGCAGUAUCUUUGUCCCAUACGCAGUGGAUGACCUGAUUUCUACAUAUAGAUCACACAGAUUUUUUGGCCUAAUUCUUCUCUUCCUUCCUCCUAUUUCUCUUCUCUUUAGAUUAGCAGUGACUAAGUAUCUCUUGUAUUCAUCUAUUCCACCAGUCCCUUGCUUCAGCUGUAUGCGUAGAAAGCAUAGCCAACACACCAGGGAUAUCUAUUUUUGGCUUUCGAAGGUUAUGGCAGAGAGGCAGGCAUUCAAUCACAGCACAGAAUUUGUUGUAAAAAGCACGUACAGCGAUGUGAGCACAUGCUAGUAUCUAUGUGUGCUAAUUUUCAAAAGAAUGGGAAGGGAUGACUGCAAGGGCAGAAUCUCUGAUAGUGCUUUGUUUGCUCCCCGAUUAUAAAUUACCUCAGCGAAGAACAAAGCACGGCUGUUUCCAAGAGAGGCACAUGGCUUGACUGUAUAAUUGCUUGAGUCAUCAUGUGCACUUAGAUAUUCCAGUUUUAAUUGCUCCCUAGUUGCAAAGAUAUGCACGAUUGGCACAUGUUCUUGCAUCAUUUAAGAUGCAUAAGCAAUGUCUCUUGGUCUCUGUCAAGUCAAAGGUGGCAGCAAAAAGCACUGAUGCAUUGCUCUGAGACAAAGGGGUCUAUAUCAGGAACUCUGCAGGCAAAGUGAGAAGAAAAAAACGUGAUGCAUGUAAAAUCAGAUGUGAAAAUUAAAUGCACAAGUUUAAUAAUGUAGGCUGAUGCACAUCAAAUAGAAUGAAGACAAUGGCUUUGGUUAUUUUCUAAUUUUGAUUAUAAGGGCUUAAAUGAUCUGUUUGUCUAAGUUGAUUAGGAGCACAGUUAAAGGGGCAAUUCACUGAUUUUACACAUGAUGGUCAUUGUGGAAAGGACCACAUACCACCUUUGAAAACAGUUGUAAAAUGUCCUCUGUGGUCUGAAAAAAAUAUGUUGACGGUCUAAUGAAAGAUUGUAUCCAGUAGUAUUAUGGGAAAUGUAGGAUCCAGCAUUUCUAGAGCUAUACUCUAAAAAUCAGGAUAUCUGCUGCUUUGAUUUUGAUCGUUAUUUUUUAAAAACUGUUCCUUAUGAGUCCUCCAACUUCAGGGAAGUACAGUACUAAAUAGCUGCCGUACCCUUUUAAGCAAAUACUAUGUUACUGAUUUAAUGUUCCUGUUGACGUACUCAGCUUUCAGAUUUCUGACAGCCACAAUGACUUUAUCAUUGAAUGCUGAUUGAUUCUAUAUAAGCAUUCCACAUGGCCACAAGGAAAGUACUGCUUGCCGUCUUUGUGCACAUCUAAACCAAACAAUAUUUAGCUAAGCCAGUUGCUAGCAGAAUGCUUGUGUAAAAAAAAAAGGGUCUAGUAGGCCUUAAACUGUAAUCAUGGUCCUAUGUAUAUAGCUAGAGUUAUAACUGAAUAUACAGCUGGCCUAUAUAUUGCUUUUCAUACGCCUUAUGCAGAGUUUGUGCAUUGGCAGUGACGAUAACGAUGGUGAUAGUACUGAUGAUGAAGGUGAUGGUAAACAGGUGAACUCAUGACCAUCAGAGACCUCAUCCAGAAACAUCAUUAUCUGGGCAGAAGAAAAAAAACAACAACUCACACACUGUUGUGAGACUGCACCUUUGUGUUUUUCUAUGAAUGAAAAAGAUUUCCCAAAGAUCUCUUGGCCCACUUGCAGAAUGAAUGUAAUGUUAAUUGUUACUCUUUGUGUUUACAGUAUAAUCACAUCUAUCUUGUUUGAACCUGUGGUUGGCAAUAAAUCCUCUUGUACUCAUUUUCAGGUCUUUUUACAGUUAAGGUCACAUGACUUUUGAUACAAGAGAUUUCAACCCAAACAAAUUAGUGUUUGGAACUACAAUUUCAGCUCUCACAGCCCUUUACUGACAAGCACAGGUCCAAAAACACAUUUCUGAUGUUUAUUUAUCCUCUGAAUUGUUUAAUAUUUUGUGUUUGUUUAAGUGAUGUGUGGUUUAGUAUGUAUUUAUGUUCUGGUGGAACAAGCACAGAACUUUAUAUUUUCCUUUAUAUCAGGUGUUUAUGACAUUUUAUUCACAGUAUGAUGAUAUUUUUGAUUGAGAGCUGUAUAUUCUACUACUUGUAUGAAUGUUCAAGUCGAAUUUUACUUGGAAAAUGUUGUAUGCUUAAUAGUAAUUGCAGGUUUGGAGUCAGUUUGCUUUCAGUUUUAAAUGUUAAAUGAAUCAACUAUUUGCAUAAUUACAGAGCCUUAAUUCCAAAACGUCUGACACAUUUAUGAUUAUGGGACCCUGUUCACAGGAAAGAAAAUCCACUUUCAAAAUGUAAUUGAAAACCAGCUGGAUUGGAAGUUAGUUGUCCCCAAACCUUUCUGAUAUACUAGAACUGCUUCUGAAAAGGCUUUUGCUUUCUGCUGCACAGUGAAAGAAUGAAUGUUCUGCUAUGUUUAACGCUUAAAUUUGCUACCACUUAAUUUCCUUGACACUAUCAUUUACUUGAGCACAGAGCUACAAUGUACAAGACUAAUAAAUGUUAAAAGAUAGAUUUCAUUUUAAGCAUUAUCAGGUUUUGUAAGAUAGACUGAAUUAUUAGAAUAAAAAGAACUAAAUGACUAAAA